UGUCUCUUCCAGUGGCAUACCCAGAUUGUGUGUGUGCGUGGGAGGUCGACGAUGAGCUCGGUGGCACUUUUGACCCAGGAGAGCUUUGCCGAACACCGCAGUGGCUUGACGCAGCAGCAGGUGAAAGUAACAGCUUUAAACUCUGAAGAAGAGAAGGAUCCUCCCACCUACGAGGAAGCCUUCCCUGCGCUCCCUGAGAAAGCACCAUGUUUGGAAGCUGCCCGGGAACCUGCUGGGCCCUGGAGCAAAAUCCGGCCAAUAAAGGCUUCUGUCAUCACUCAGGUGUUCCAUGUGCCACUGGAGGAGAGGAAAUACAAGGGCAUGAAUCAGUUUGGAGAAGGCGAGCAGGCCAAGAUCUGCCUUGACAUCAUGCGGAAGACGGGAGCUCACCUGGAGCUGUCUCUCGCAAAGGACCAGGGCCUUUCGAUCGUGGUCUCUGGCAAGGCGGAAGCAGUCACGAAGGCUCGGAAGCAGAUUGUCGCUCGACUGCAGACUCAGGCUUCAGCGACAGUUGCCAUCCCCAAGGAGCACCACCGUUUUGUCAUUGGAAAGAAGGGUGAGAGGCUGCAGGACCUGAAGCUCAAAACUGCAACCAAAAUGCAGGUCCCCCGCCCAGAUGACCCCAGCAACCAGAUCAAGAUCAGCGGCACUAAAGAAGGGAUUGAGAAGGCCCGGCACGAGAUCCUGCUUAUCUCCGCUGAGCAGGAUAAGCGUGCCGUGGAGCGGCUGGACGUGGAGAAAGUGUACCACCCUUUCAUUGCUGGCCCUUACAACAAGCUGGUGAGGGAGCUCAUGCAGGACACAGGGACGCGCAUCAACAUUCCUCCACCCAGUGUCAACAAGACCGAGAUAGUCUUCACCGGAGAAAAGGAGCAACUAGCCCAGGCUGUGGCUCGCGUUAAGAAGAUCUAUGAGGAGAAGAAAAAGAAGACUACUACUAUUGCAGUGGAGGUGAAGAAGUCCCAGCACAAGUAUGUCAUCGGCCCCAAGGGGAAUUCCCUGCAGGAGAUCUUGGAGAAGACUGGAGUCUCUGUCGAGAUCCCACCCACUGACAGUAGCUCGGAGACGCUGAUACUGCGAGGCGAGCCUGAAAAACUUGGGCAAGCAUUGGCUGAAGUCUAUGCAAAGGCCAACAGUUUUACCGUCUCCUCGGUCUCUGCCCCCUCUUGGCUUCAUCGUUUCAUUAUUGGAAAGAAAGGACAGAACCUGGCCAAAAUAACUCAGCAGAUGCCAAAGGUUCACAUCAAAUUCACUGGAGGAGAGGAUAACAUCACUUUGGAAGGACCUACAGAAGAUGUGCAUGUGGCUCAGGAACAGAUUGAAGCCAUGGUCAAGGAACUGGUGAGCUGGAGGGGCCGGCCAGAGACGGACGAAGCGAUUGAAAAGUCAACGUAUGAAGUGGUGGAAUGCACUAUUAGAUACUAG